AUGGUGCGAACUAUGUUUGUGAACCCAUUCAAGACUCACCACAUAGACGAAUUCCCAGACGUCCAUGUCCCUCUCGACGACACCACCCAUCGCAGCUCCCUUGCCACCCACCCACGCGCCUCACUCACCACAUCCGAGAAAGCGACCAAAGAAGAUGAGGCCGGCGGUGCUGCCCUCGGACGACCGGAAAGUAAUGCAUCUAGUGGUGUUGUUAACCAUGGCAUGAGUGUUGCAGCACUCAAAGCAGAGAUUGACGCUGAUGUUGCGGCGUCGGAUACUGAUACCCCCUAUGAUCGUACUUUUUACGUGGCAGAGUGUAUGAUGGGACUUACAAGAAUACAGGGUGUUGCUCUUACACUGCCGCAAUUGAGCGCUGAGUUUGGUGUCAGCGAGACUGAAGUACGAUACACGACUCUAUCGCUCUUCCUGGGCCUUUGCAUUGGCGCCUCCUUUUGGGGUACCGCAUCAGACAUCAUUGGUCGUCGUCUGGCGUUCAACUUUACGCUCUUCCUCGCUGGUGUCUUUGGACUUGCGUCUGGAGGCGGACCCAACUGGAUUGGAACAUGUGCUCUUUACGCAUGCAUUGGUCUUGGUGUCGGCGGCAAUCUUCCCGUUGACGGAGCAUUGUUCUUAGAGUUUCUCCCGCAGACUUCAGGAAAUCUCCUCACUCUGCUGUCAGUAUUCUGGCCCGUUGUGGCAUGGGCAUUUAUCCCCAACUUCUCCUGCCCCACCUCCACGCCCGCAGGCCAAUGCAGCAAAGCCGACAACAUGGGCUGGCGGUACCUCAUCCUGACCCUCGGCGCAAUAACCUUUUCCAUGUUCAUUGCCCGCUUCUUCCUCUUCCACCUCUACGAAUCCCCCAAAUUCCUCCUCUCGCGCGGCCGCCAAGCCGAAGCCGUCGCAACCGUCUAUGGCAUCGCGCACUACAACCGCACCCACACCUGGCUCACUGAAGACAUCCUUAACCAAAUUGGCGGUAACCCAGACGUCACCUCGGAAGACGUCAUCAAACUCAGCGCCAUCGAAAUCAUCAAACGCUCACUCAGUCGCUUCUCGAUGAAGCGCUUCAAGGCCCUUUUCUUGGACAAGAAGAUCGGUCUUACCACCGCACUCCUUUGGUUCCAAUGGUCGACUAUCGGUAUGGCGUAUCCGCUCUUCAACGCCUUUCUCCCCCAGUACCUUGGCUCUGCUGCGGAAAUUGAUACAAGCACUGUGUACCGCAACUACGCCAUCAGCGCCAUUGUAGGCGUCCCUGGUUCCCUAAUCGCCUGCUACACCGUCGACCUCAAGUACAUCGGCCGCAAGGGUACCAUGGCUAUUGCAACAGUCAUCACCGGCGUCUUCGUCUUCCUCUUCACCAUCUCCGCCGAUUCAGACUUCCAGCUCGCGUUCACGUGUCUAGAAGCCUUUUUCCAGAAUAUCAUGUACGGUGUGCUGUAUGCGUAUACGCCAGAGGUCUUCCCAGCGCCGAUAAGAGGUACGGGUACGGGUAUGAGCAGUUUCUUGAAUAGGGUGGCGGGGCUUUGUGCGCCGAUUGUGGCGAUUCAGGCGGGUGGGAGUAACCCGAAGGCGCCGAUUUAUGCGUCGGGUGGGCUGUUUAUUGCCGCGUUUUUUAGUAUGUUGGUUUUGCCGAUUGAGACGAGGGGUAUGCAGACGUUGUAAGCAAGGGGUCAGGGGAGACGGCUGGACCGUGGAUGGGGGUAGGAUUUAUGGUGUUAGUUUAUGCUAGAAGUGUUAUACCCAGGUUAGUGUAGUUGGAUAUUACCGUUAUAGGUAUAUUGCUGU